AUGCACAGGGCUCUUCCGCGACCUCGCGACCCGUUGUUGACAUCGACCAAAGCUGUCAUUCAAGAGCUCGAGCCAGGUGUCACAUUCAUCAAGCGACCACCACCUUCCGCGCCGUCUCAGCAUUCACUUACCACAGCACCAGUGUCGCCAUUGUUACGCCCCAUUCCUUUGAGGAAUCCACUGCCCUCCACCGAUUCGUCAUCCUCCUCAGUAAAACGAUACCACCUCACAGAGGAGAAAAUCGCCGAAAUGCGCCAGCUGAGACGUGCAGACCCUGUCAAAAACUCGGUCAUCAGUUUGGCCCGACGUUUCGAUUGCAGUCGGGCGUUUGUACAAAUCUCGGCACCUCUAUCGAGGGAGCAACGUAAAAAGAGAGAUAUGGAGCUGCAGGCCCAGAGGGAAAAAUGGAGUAAUAGGAAGAAACUUGUGCGGGAAAUUCGACAGAGACGGAAGUUAUUCUGGUAG